AUGGCCUCCCAUUCAUUAUGCCAGGUCUACUACGGCUCGCUCAGUGACCCCGCCGUGGACCAGGACACUCGCCAUGCCAUCACUGUCGACUUUGGGCGCGACGGAGUGACCACACUCGGGCAGCUGUUUGCCAAGAUCUUCACCCUCGGGACAGACCCGGAUACAGGACAAAGGAUGGUCGUCAUGUUGUCGGUCAGGGAAUGGGACCAAUAUACAACUCCGUCUGGCAAACCCAACCAAGCCGGCUACAUGUACGCGAGCCAGGCGGGCGGCGACGGGACGAGCGGCGGCAAGUUCAUGGCGUGCUGCGUAAAGACGCUUCAGGAGAAUCCCCGGAUAAGCCCCGAGAAGUGGCGGAAGAGCGUGCUGAAAGCUGCCCGGCCGCUGUUUUCCCCGCCACCGAAGGAGGAUGCGGCGGAAGGGUGCUGUGUGAUUCUGUGA